AUGUCUCGCGUUCCCUUCGCAGAGCCGUCGUGGCUCAGAGGCCUACCCUCACCUUACUUCAAUGAUUCACACAGGAGGUUCCAAGUUGCAUGCCGUAUUUUUAUCGACGAAAAAUUAAACAAAAAUGCCCUUGAAUGGGAAACAUCUGAAGAGAUACCACCCGAUGUGUUCAGGACGUUCGCUGAGGGCAACUUUCUUCUUCCGGCACUGCCAGCACCUUUGCCUGUUGAGUGGCUGCGAAAGCUAGGCAUUACCCACAUGCCAGGGCAGGUACCAAUUGAUGAAUGGGAUUAUUUGCACACAAUGAUCUACGCUGAUGAGAUGAGUCGAUCCGGGCUAGCUGGCCCUGGAGGGUCCAUCACGACUGGCGUCGCGUUUGGGAUUCCGCCUUUGCUACACUACGCCGAGCCCAAGUUACAAGAAAGGUUCCUCCCAGACCUUUUGCUUGGACGCAAAAGAACCUGUAUCGCGAUUACAGAGCCCGACGCCGGAUCAGACGUAGCUAACAUCACCACUACUGCGGAGCUGAAUGGUAACGGAUACAUCGUAAGCGGAACCAAAAAAUGGAUCACCAACGGUGUAAUGGCGGACUACGCGACUUUGGCAGUCCGAACCGGUGGUGAAGGCUCAGGAGCCAAGGGUAUUUCACUCUUGAUGGUACCUCUGAGGCAGCCUGGAAUAUCUAGAAGGCGUCUCAAGGUCUCUGGGCAAAUCAUUGCGGGCACCUCCUUUAUCGAGUUGGCCGACGUUCACGUACCGCGAGAGAAUCUCAUCGGCCGUGAGAACGAAGGCAUGAAGUACAUCAUGCACAACUUCAACCAUGAGCGUAUGUUUAUCUCAGUGGGUGUGACAAGGCAGGCCAGAGUAGCGCUGAGCUCAGCGUUUGAGUAUGUACUUCAACGCGAAGCAUUCGGAAAACCCCUCAUUGAGCAACCAGUUGUGCGUCAUCGUCUGGCAAAAUGCGGAGCAUUGCUUGAGUCGCAAUCCGCUUGGGUUGAAUCGUUUGCGUAUCAAUUGUCAAAGAUGCCCAAGGAGACUGCGGACGAGGAGCUUGGCGGGUUGACAUCCUUGUGCAAAGCCAAUGCUGGAAUCGUGCUGGAUGAAUGUGCAAGAUGCGCUGUUCUGCUCUUUGGAGGCAACGGAUACACUCGCACUGGAAAAGGAGAGAUUGCAGAAAAGAUCUAUCGCGAAGUGCCAGGCGCGCGCACACCUGGUGGGAGUGAGGAUGUUUUGCUUGAUCUGGCUAUUCGUCAGUUGACUAAGAGGUUCCUUGCAGAGACUGAGAGGGAGAAAAAGAGAUCAAAGCUGUGA